AUGGCAAAGAGAAAGACAACUAAGCGCGCAGAGUCGCCGAGCAAACGUACCACGCGGUCGAAGCCUGAGCCGCAGGAGGAAAAGUCUGCCAGUCCAGAAACGCACGAAGAAGUUGACCCAUCAGAGCCAACAGAGACUGUUGAGGAACAAAAGGAAAACGUUGAGCCAGAACAAAAGAAGCCCGAGCCCAAACCUGAUCUGAAGCCCACAGCCGCUCUUUUCACGCCGUCCAAACGUCUCUUCGACACGCCCGAUCGAUCCACGCUGCUCUCGCCCACCAGGACACGCCCUGAGUUCAAGCUGCCGUCCGAAGCUACAAUCUCCCAGUUGUUCCAACGCAAAGAUCUGAAAGCGCUAACCAAUAUUCUGAACGACUUGACCUCGUCCAAGCCAGAACGCAUGUUCCAGGACUACAAGAAACUGUCGGAGCGGAAACAGCAAGCGAGCGAGACUCUGAUUUCGAACCUGACAAAGGAGAACCAAAAGCUACGCACGGGUUUGAAGUCUGCGCAAACAGACAAGACCUCCACAAAAGAGAUCGAGCAGCUGAAACGACAAGUGGACGCCCUGAAGAAGGAAAAUGCUCGUCUGGUGGCAGAGCACGAGUCGCAGAGCGCAAAACGCGGCCCUGCUCAACGCGAGUCCAAGAUGGAGGAAGCCGUGGCAGAACUCGAUCUUGUUGGCACCAAACUCGAGAUCAUGGAACUUCUCACCGGUUUAUCGUGUCUCGAGUACACUGAGGACUCGGAAAACAUGAUUUUCAAAAUGAAGCAAGCGGGCGAGACGUGCACGCUGAUAUACCAGCUGCUUAUCAGCAAAUUGGGAGCAGGAGAAAUAGUGUACAUUCCGAUUCUCGAACACGGCGACGGCGAGCCUGACUUGGAUAGUGCCGAUUGGGCAGAAAACCUGGACAAGCUUGGCAAAGUGCUGCCUGAGUACUUGUUGGACAACCUGACCUUCCCUUCAAGCACCUUGUACAACUUCUACAACAAACUGGGCAGAUCUUUAAAUAAAAAGGUCGAAUAG